ACUUCGUCAGCUGAUCUGACUUUUGGGACUAUUGUUUUUGCUUUUUGUACCCGACGAAAAUAGUUUUUUAAUCGUUUUAAAAUGGAUAAAUUGAACUCUUGCCGAGACAAUUUAACUUAAGUUUGAAAACGAGGAACGUCUCUAAUCACGAAUCACGGGUAUAUUUUGGCAGACAUCAAUUGAAACAAUUGUACGCAAUUUACGACUCAAGGAACAAGCAUGGAUCAGUCGAAACAAAUCAAAAAUAGUUCGACAAUAUUUAUUAAUCCCAAAUUUAAAGCGCACAUAAAUCCGAAUUUCUUAAACAGUUUAAAACCAACGACGACAUCCAACAACAUAUUCAUCAAUCCAAAAUUUAUAAGUAAUUUAAGCAGCAACAACAAUCCGAUUGAACAGCCAUCGGACAAGGUUGCAUCACCCCAAGCAAAGAUCAUCAGGCAGACAAGUCGAAAUUUGGUGCGUCAGCCGAUAUUGCCUGCAACAAAUGUAUCCACCAGUGUUGGGCCAACGAAUCUGAUUAAAAUCGGUAAACGGAAACUGGUCCGACCGAACCAAGGAUCGAGCAUACAAUCAAAUCAGGAUGUUCGAGUACACGAUAGUAGUGCUGGCGACGCGGCCAACAUACGAACGAAAUACAAAAUUAUCAACAAAUCCUUGAACAUUUACAAAAUUGACCGAACGCGCACGAGACCAGCCAAGGAGCGAACGGCGAAAAGGAUUAAAUAUUUCAAUGAAUGUAUUACACCUACCAAAGUCAUCGUCACCGAUUAUAAGCUGUGUCGUAUUGGAAAUCCUGCUGUAUCUUCGAAACCAGGCGAAUACAAUCUGCUGAACAUCAACGGUGUUUUGUACAAAUCAUCGAGCACAAAAUUACGAAAGCAGCCGUCCACAUCCAUGGACAAUAAAUCACGACAACUGACUCGCCAAUCUAGCAGCACCAAUUCCUGUUCGCUGUAUGUGCGUGGCGAAAAGUUUCUAUUGGAUCCCAGUGGCAAGAAACUUGUACGAGUUUCGACCAAUCAAAAUGCCAUCACCAAAAAACGAAUUUACCUCGGUGGACUGACAUACAUUGCCAAAGCGAAUAACACGUACGAACCGACAAACUCACACAAUACAAGACUCCAUCUAAAUGUUGCCAAGCAGAAAAGUAUCAAUUUGUUGUCCAAGAAUUUGGUCAAAAGUAAUGUCACCUGCCAAAUCUAUCGAAAGUUGGGAAAAUGUUUGGCAUUGCAGAGGGGUCGCUGUUCGAAAGUGCAUGAUCGUAAUCAAGUGGCUAUUUGUCAAAAGUUCCUGAAAGGUGCAUGUACGAAUGAAAAUUGCCUUCUUUCACACGAUACGUCGUUGUCAAAGAUGCCGACCUGCAAAUUCUUUUUAUUGGGAGAAUGUGCUAAGAGUGACUGUCCGUAUUUACACAAGAAAGUGAACGACAAAACUGCCAUCUGCCAUGACUUCCUCAGAGGGUACUGCCCGAAAGCUGACAAGUGCAAUCUUCGGCAUGAAUUUCUGUGUCCAAACUUCGAAAGCAAAAAUGGCUGUACAGUUGCACGAUGUCCGUAUGUGCAUAGAAAUAAAAUAAGCAAACCGGUUGCAGUCCGGCAACGAACCGCUCCUACUUCAUAUGUGACAGAGCCAAGCAGAUCAGUAGCCUCUUCUUCUUCAUCAUCAUCAUCAUCCGCUUCGACUUCGACCAGUGCAGAGAGUAAUAUUCGAUAUUUCAUUAACAAAAAUCGCAGGCCAAAUGACAAUCCGAAAUCUAAAAAUGGCACGACUACCCCGGGCUCAACUGAUUCGAUCGAAAAAAGCCAAGAAAUGGACAGCGUGGACGACUGCCUAACAAACGAUGAUUCGAAAUCGUUCGCUAAACGGAAAAAAUUAGGAACACUUCCAUCGUUCAUUCCAAUCAACUGACUCUCGUUUUUCGUUCGUUUCGUGUAGCGUAAUAAAUCAAAAAAAUCGAAGAAA